AUGCCGAAUCCUACCGUUGUUGAUGUUCAUACCCAUGUCUACCCUCCGGCGUACAUGGCGAUGCUUCGCGCUCGCAAAAAGGUACCCUACGUCCAUGAUCCCGCCAACAGCGCAACACCUCGUCUAAUCAUUCUGUCAUCGGACGACGACUCUUCCAUUCCAAUUGAGGAGCGAGGCCGUCCUGUGGACUCUUCCUACUAUGAUAUCAAUGUCAAGCUUGCAUUCAUGGAGCAGCAUGGUAUCGAUUGCAGCGUGAACGGCGACUCGUCGUCGUCGCAAAAGAAACUCUUCGCUUUCGGCACAUUGCCACUGAGCGCGUCUAAUCCCGAGGUGAUCACCAACGAGAUCAAACGGCUCAAGAGCUUGUCUCAGAUCCGUGGCGUGAUCAUGGGUACCUCUGGACUAGGAAAUGGCCUUGACGAUCCUCUUCUGGAUCCAGUAUGGGCUGUGCUUGAGGAAACCCAGCAGAUGAUGUUCCUGCACCCGCAUUAUGGUCUGCCUGACGAGGCCUUUGGAGGACCCGAGACGACAAAUCGGUACGGUCACGUUCUUCCUUUGGCGCUGGGAUUCCCCCUGGAGACGACGAUCGCAGUGACCCGAAUGCUGCUUUCUGGUGUCUUCGACCGGUUCCCUAAGCUAAAUAUCCUGUUGGCUCAUUCUGGUGGGACUCUUCCAUUCUUGGCGGGACGGAUCGAGAGCUGCAUCAUGCAUGAACGGCAUUUUGUCGCAAAUGGUGGCUCCACGCCUGGUCCUGUGCGAAGUGUUUGGGAUACUUUGCAGACCAAUAUCUACCUCGAUGCGGUAGUUUACGGCACUGCUGGACUGAAAGCGGCUGUCGCAGCAGCUGGAGGGAGUGCAGAUCGUCUCAUGUUUGGCACUGACCAUCCCUUCUUCCCACCGCUGAAUGAGGAGGAUGAGAAAUGGGCCAGCGUCACGACAAACUACAAGGCCAUCCAGGAUUCAUUUGGUGAUAAUAAGGGUUCAGUGGCUGCAGUCCUGGGUGGAAAUGCCGCCCGUGUACUGAAUCUGAUCUAG